CAGCAGCAGAGAGAGGAUGGGAGGAGGAGGAGAGAGGAAGAGGAAAAUAAACAUCACAUAGGAGGGUCUGAGGAAGAGGAGGAGGAGGAGGAGGGAAAAAUUGGGAGGGCUCAUCGUCCAGCUUCUCCAGCACCGAGCAGCAAAACCAGCUAAAAGUGAGGCUCAGUCGAGGUCCGUGAUGCUCCACCAUCAGGACCAACCUCUGAACUCGGCCUACGGAGGUCAAGGAGGCUCCAACCAUGGCUCCUCCUCCUCGCUGCGAAACAGGAGGAAUGACAAAGAUGGCAACUUCAACUUCCUGCCGGGCAAAGACAACAACGACGUCACCGGAGGAGGAGGAGGAGACGAGAACCGGAACCAGGUGCGUCCCCGCAACUUGGGCCCUCUAGGUCGCGACCCUCCGAACUCCUCGUCGUCAUCGUCCUCUGGGUACCACCACGGCUCGGGCGUCCUGUCGCCGCGCUCCCGCCUGCCCUGCUGGAGCCCCCUGGAGCCCCUGCCCGAGAUCGAGUGCGGGGACGACGGCUAUGGCCGAGUGCCUCCUGACGGAGCGGAGGAAGGCAGGAUGCAGGAGGGGGAGAAGAGGGUGAUGAUGAGCCAGAAUGAGGAGAAGCAGCGAGAGAAGAUGGAGCUGCAGAGGAGGAAGAGCAGCUUGGGUUUCAAAGGGAGGGAGGAAGAGGAAGAUAUGGCGGCGCUGGAAGAUGAUGACGAAUGGGGCGACAGCGACUCUGACUCUGACUCUGAGCGCUGCCGGUCCGGCGGCAGCAUGUCUUCACUCAACGAAGGCGAAGGGACGCUCAUGGGAGGCUUUGACCGCAUCGGAGUCGGGGAACCAAAAUCCAACCACCAGGAGAGCGAGCCACCCAGAAACAUCAACAGAGAACCGCCCGGACGACACAGAAGCUUCAGCCGCAAAUCGCUGACAGGACGCAACCUGGGAAACCUGCUGGAGGAGGGAGCAGAAGACGACGAACGGUCCUCAGACUCGGACGGCGAGAUGCCAGAGCUGAUGGACGCGGUGUGGACGCUGCGAGACCGCGAGCGCUUCAAGGCCCAGGAGAUGGAGAAGCACCAGGUGCAGCUGACCAUGUACCGCCGCCUGGCGCUGAUCCGCUGGGUGCGCACGCUGCAGGGCCGCAUCCAGGAGCAGCAGAACCGCCUGCAGUCCAGCUUCGACGUCAUACUCACGCAGAGGAAGGAGCUGCUGCGCAUGGGCGCCGCCGCCGCCGUGGCCAACGCCACACCCGCUGCAGCCGUCAGCCAGGCAUGAAGAGAGAGAAAGAUGGGAGGAAGUGAAACAGGAAGUGGUUAAAAACAACAUUUUUUGUUCUGUUUGCUUCAAACCUGAAGACAUUUCACCUGAAAAAGACAAUCUCCCAUCAUCCUGUCUGACAUCUUUAAGCUUCACAUGCUGCUGAUUGUAAUGAUCUUCCGUACUGGUGUCCCACCCAGAGACUCAUCUUCAUCAUCUGAACACUGGACUCAACCCCCCCGUAUCUACACCAAAAUGUAUCCUGGUCAAAGCAACGAGACUGUUGUGAGAUUAAUAUGAUGUUUAUAUCAACAAAUAUUCUGUGUCUGUGCGCUGUUCUUGUUUGUCUCUUGACCUGUGCGUAAAAAAACCCAAAAAGUAUUUCAAGAUAUGAUGUAGAUUUGUUGGAGAUGAUUUAUACCCUGAGAUUGUGCUGUAUAUAUAGAGAGAUAAUAGGUAAAUAAAAAAUAAAUAAACUCAUCUUAAAUUUGA